AUGGCCGCUACGCGCCAGGCAUGCCCUGCAGAGGCGGUUGCGAGGGACCCGGCUCAGGACAAUGAUGGUGGGACUCUUCCUACGAGGCUGGAGGAGAUGAACGUGGAGAACGCGGUGGUGGCUCUCACCGACAGCAGCUGGUUGGAGGACUGCCAGAUGGGAUUUUCUUUCAUGGGCCAGCUUCAGCUGAUGCAUCUUAUCCAGGCCAUCGGCACAAUACCUAGGGAUGCGGAGAGCUUGGAUGUGUUCACCUGGCCUUGUUCCAACUCGGGCUCAUACUCUGCCAGAUCGACUUAUGCCAGACUUUGCGUGGAUCGGAGGGGGUUUGACUCCACUUUCAUCGCGAUGAUCUGGACGCUAUGGAAACACCGGAAUGCAUGGGUCUUCAAUAGGUUAGAGCAACAAUGUACCCCAACAGAGCUUGUGUUGAUGUUGCUAGAUGAGGUUGCCGAGUGGAAGGCAGCCGGGUUGGGUGUAGGAGGACUCCAACGAUUUGUGAGGAGUUAG